GUGCCGCUGCUGGUUGCAUCAAAGCGUGCUCCUGAUACCUGCCACUGCAUCUCAGCUCUGAGGCCACCCAACGCCUCUUCUCCACAGAGGUUCCCAGGUUAUGGCCAUCUAAAAUCACACGGCACAGCACCAAAACAAACUUCUGAGUUGAAACUAGACAAUCAACAUGGGAAAGCAAAACAGCAAGCUCCGUCCCGAGAUGAUGCAAGACUUGGUGGAAAACACAGACUUUACCGAGCAUGAGAUCCAGGAGUGGUACAAGGGCUUCCUGCGGGACUGUCCCAGCGGUGCGCUCUCCAUGGAUGAAUUUAAGAAGAUUUACGGCAACUUUUUCCCCUAUGGAGAUGCAUCAAAGUUUGCCGAGCACGUCUUCCGAACCUUCGACGCCAAUGGAGAUGGAACAAUAGAUUUCAGAGAGUUCAUCAUUGCUUUGAGCGUCACAUCACGUGGCCGUUUGGAUCAGAAGCUAAAGUGGGCCUUCAGUAUGUAUGAUCUGGAUGGAAAUGGAUACAUAAGCAAGGCAGAAAUGCUAGAGAUUGUACAGGCCAUAUAUAAGAUGGUUUCUUCAGUGAUGAAAAUGCCUGAGGACGAGUCUACACCUGAGAAACGCACUGAGAAGAUCUUCCGCCAGAUGGACACAAAUCGUGAUGGUAAGCUGUCAAUGGAGGAGUUUGUAGAGGGUGCAAAGAGUGACCCUUCCAUUGUGCGACUGUUGCAGUGUGACCCGAGCGGUGCCGGCCAGUGAAUCACUUAUGUCAUAACCUCUCUCACACAGGUCUUUCUGUUCAAUAUCAUUUAAACAUCAACAGAGCCUGGACUCCGAAACUCCACCCCUAUUUAAGUGUCUGUGGGCCUCACUGGGCAAGAUUUUUUAGCAAAAGGAAACAUGGAAGUAUGCAACCAUUUUUCCAUAGUGUUCAAAAACUCACAUGCUGACGUUCACAAAGGUUACGCACACUAAAAAGCCCAUGUUCAUGUGUAUCUCUGCCCUCUGAAAUCGUUGUAUAGGGCUUUUUGACACAAUAGAUGGUGACAUAAGUGACAUCACAUCCUGUUGAAAACAUCUAAACUGAAAUGUACCUCCUCAUAAAUAACAAACACAGAUAAGGGUUUUUAAUGUUAACCAAGAUUGGUUUAGGGCUGAGUUUAAGAAAAUUGUCCCAGCAUUUCAAUGCACCUUUAUACUGGUAUUUAAAAUAACUCAAUACCAAAAUAUACUAUAUUCAUUUAUGAGUUUUAAGAAUGAUCAGUCCCACUUUAUAUUAGGUGUCCUUAACUAUUACUAUGUAAUAACAUUAAAAUACAUAUAAUACAAUGUAUUUAUUGUGUAACAACACAAAAUUCUAAUUUGCUGCUACUGAGGUUGAGGUAUGGGUAGGUUUAGGAUUUAGGGUUUAGGGUUAGGAUAGGGUUAUGUUUAGGGUUAGUGUUAAGGGUAACAGUGUAACUACAGAUGUAAUUGAAUGCAAGUACUCAAAAUAUAAUUAUGAUGCAACAACAUGUAUGUAACAUAAUAAGUACAUUGUAUCAAAUGCUGAAGUACAUAGUAGUUAAAGACACCCAAUAUAAAAUGAGACCACAUCUAAUUCAGUUUACACACACAAUGACCAAUAUCAUUCCUAGUAUUUCUAGUAUUUCAAUUCUUUUCAGCACAUAAAUCAACUGAGGAGAGGCAGAUGAGUUUUUUUCCUUGAAGUUUUGAUGUUUAUUUUAUUUUUUAUGAAAUAUUCAUGGCAUUAUGAUGUAAUGCCAUGAAAAAAAACACACAUUUGUUACUGAGUGUUUUUGUCUUAUUUCCUGGUUAAAAUAUCUAACAAACUUAGCAAAAAAAAAAAGAUAUGAAGUCUUGUUUUCAGAGAUAUCAAAAACAUUUGGUGGGGUUUAUGCUUAAACAAGAAAAAACAAUUUGCCAACGGAGUAAGAAAAAUAAUCCUGUUUUCCCUUUGAAUCAAGGUUUUGUUUUUUUACCCUGGAAAAUUGCUUUUUCAUUUACACAUACAUAUUACUAAAAUGUAAAUGUAUCUCGUUUUAAUGUUUCGAUAUUUUCACUGGAAAACAAGACAAAAAUACUCUGAAUUCGUUUGGCUAAAUAGUAAUAAUAAACAUAUAGUCAUAUCAACCAAACAAAUUCAUAUUUUCAUAGGGACAACUAUAAUAUUGAUCUUUCUGCUUCAAAACAGGGAACAUGAAAGUAUUAGACAAAGGAAAUGUAGAUAUUAUUUAUGGUUUUACUUAUUGGGUACUACAAUUCACCACACCACAAAACCAAAAAACAAGCUUUAUUAUAUAAUGAACCCACUGUUAUUAUUCAACUAUGUCAUUUUCUUUUCUUUCAACAAAUCAUUUGUACAGUGAAAGCAUAUUUAUGCAGGUUUAUGACAAUGAACAGCAAAGAUCACACGUUACUAUGCACAUACUCAUCCAACUAUGAACCAGUACAAACUUAUAGGUUCUUUUUACUCUAUCCAGACCUUGAUUCAGUCAAUACAGUGCCCAUGCCAACUGUCUAUCUAAACAAAUGCUACAUGUUUGCAUUGUCAACAUACAAGCAACAUGCAAAAAAAAAAAAAAAACUGCUUAUUGAACUUUAAUUAGACUGAAUCUUAGCCUUAAUUACCACAUAUGGGUCUUUUUAGUCAUUUUAUUUUCAUAUCCUGGAUAAAAUUACAGCUCGAGUCAUAUUGCACAAAGAUACAUAUGAAUCUGCACCUCAAACUGAACGUAUUCUCCACAUUUACUGCUUUCAUGAAGAAUAUGUGUGUAUGUAUGCGGUAUGUAUGUGGUGCUUUUUGAGUACUGAUGUGUUUAUUCAGUGUUGUUUAUGCAUACAGUACAUUUAAAUCACCAUUUGUCAGAAAGGGAAAUCACAGCAGAAAUGUGUAAAAAUAUGUCCACACAACCUGAUUAGUUUCAAAUGUUGUUUAAAAGAAUGACAUAUGCAUUUUCUCUGUAAUGCAAAUCCAUUUCAUACAUAAACACACAAGCACUCAUUCAAACAUAAUAUUUAAUGCUGCAUAUGAAACGGGGUUUCCUCUGAAUUUGCUGUGAAAUCAUGGCUAUAAUGUUUAAAUAACAUUUUAUAAGCCAUAUAUGCUUAAUGCUUAAACCGAACAAUUCAUGAAGGAGCUUUUUCCUGCAGCUUCUGCAUUUUUGUGGAAUCUCCUUCAUAAAAAUAUAACAAGCAUCUGGUAUAUUUUAUAUCUAAACUGCACAUGACAGCAACAUGUGGUCAAGUGCCAAACACAGAUAAAUAUAUAUGGCAAAAUAAACAGUGUUCUGUCAGUUUAUGCUGUACAACUGUUAUCUGUCAAACUACAUGUUUGUCGUUAUCAUUUUGUAGAUUUUGUAUGGUAACUUGUAUAUUGUGUAAGUGUAGAUAUUAUAAAUGCAGACAUCUGUUUUGAUGAUAUCAUAAAUAAAAAG